AAGCUACUUUGAGCCCAGCCCAAAAAGUUUUAGCUUGCUAGCACGCUCGAUAACAGCAAUCACCCAAACGAAAGUGUGUGAAGCCACGGAAUCGGCCCAGCAGCCAUGGCGUCCGUUCCUCACUCGCAUCUCCGAUCGUCCUUCAGCACGCGCCACUAUCACUCACCUCACCUUCCCACAAGCACUAAGUCCGCCUUUUUAGGGGGGGCGUUAGAACGAUCACGACAGCCAUGCGGUGUUCGUGCAAUCCCAGCCGUAGGAUCCAAUUCCCAUCAGCAGAUCGAACGGCGAAUCGGCAUUUGGGCAAUCGGCGGGCCGCCGGGAAUGGGUGCAUUCCCGCGGCCACAGCAAGGCGGGAACGUGCUCAAGCUAGUUGUGAACGGCCCCGUGGCCUCGCCUCUGGGCGCUACCAUCCUCUCCACCCUCUCCUCUGCUCGCGGGCUGCAGCUGGCUGCUGUGGUGGACGGCAAUCCCGAGGCCAACGGGAGAGAUGCUGGGGAGGUGGCGGGAAUACCUGAGCCUUUGGAGCUGCCUGUGGUAGCUGAUGUCAUCAUGGUGCUGGCCUCCGUUGCUCAGUCUCGGUCCACAGGAGUGUAUGUUGACUUCACAGGCGAUGCCUCUGCUGCGUGUGAGAACGUGCGGCAGGCAACAGCAUUCGGCCUGAGCAGCGUGGUGGUCGGAGCGUCGAUACCAGAGGAUGACAUCAGCGGCCUGUACGAAUUCUGUGACAAGGCCUCGACUGGGUGCAUCAUCGCGCCCACUCUCAGCAUCCUAUCCAUUCUGCUGGAACGAGCUGCGACACAAUUCGCCUUCCACUCCUCGCACGCACACAUCAUCGAGUCAAGAGCUGACCUGGCUCAGGCGCCAUCGGAAGAUGCUGUUCGCUUGGCUCAGCAGUUGGCGCAAGUCGGCCGCACAUUCAAUGGCAUCGAUGCUUCUGACGACCCAGCUCGAGGCUUACUUAUGGAGGAGGGAGUGAGGGUGCACAGCAUGCAGCAACCCGGGCUGCUGCAGAGCACGGACGUGCGGCUAGGGAGCAAUGGGCAGAUGGCGUCUCUGCGCUUGGACAUCACGUCUCAUGCGGCAUACAUGCCCGGACUACUACUUGCCAUCAGAAGAGCCCCGAGAUUGAAGGGUCUCGUGUUUGGUCUUGAGAAGCUUCUGUGAUGCGGCUGGCUGGCAUUAGUUACUUUAUUUGUUGGCCCCGGAAUGUAGUUGCUGCUUGGCUUGCAUGCAACUUCUUCCUAGUUUCGAGAUGCCUCAAAACUAAAUUGCCCCUUGGCUUGCAUGCAACUGCAUCAAUCAUCCUCAUAUUUUUUUUUUUCGUACAUGUCUAUUGCAGCAGCGACAUAUCCAUGAGCUACACAUCGUUAUUGUCAAACAUAUAUGCAUAUGUUAUUAUAGGCUAGAUAGGUGCAUGCUCUUAGUGAGAGCUCACUAGCACAAAGUCACCCUGUAUGUUAGGAAGGUCGGACUGUACCCUCUAAGAAUUGAC